AUGUAUAAAUCGCACAUCAGGAAUCAUCGGAUUACAGAGGUAGCCUACUCCGCUUUACUAGUGCGCUCCUACCUGCCUUCGAUCGCUAGGCUACUAUUGCAUCUUGGAAUUGGAACCAUUUCCACAUACAACAACCACUUCUACAAUGACAAUUAUCCUGCCAUUCGUUUUUUCCGCUGCCUUUUAUAUGAUGGUCGGAGACUUUCAUUCUGCAUGCGCUGGAUCAGUGUUUCUCAACUCAAAUGCCAUCAAGAACAUACCUGGAGUGGCGGGUCAGAGUCACCCCGUCAGCGCGAACCCUGACGAAUUUACCUUUGACAGCGGGACCCAAAACAUGGCAAUUGAUACCAUACAGGUAAACCCAGUAUCCCAUUAGUCAUACAAGUAGGCUAUUUUAUAUUUAUCAAAGUAGGUUAUCCAUUGUGUUGAAUUUGGAGGUUUUAAAAUGGACCAUGGUUUCCCUCAUAGUUAAAUUGAACAGUUUACCAUCGGCAAUAUGCCUAGCCUAAUAUUUAAAUUGGCAACUAUAUACAAAAAAGUUGAAUGCAUAAAAUUAAUCAUCUGAAUUUCUUCUUUCAGUCUUUGAGUUGCUCGGCAGAUGAGGAGUGCGGUGACCAUGGUUUCUGCUUUGAGUCCCGAGGUGCCUGUCUCCCAUGCAAGAAGCGCAGGAAGCGCUGUAUCCGGGAUGCUAUGUGCUGCCCUGGCAACCAGUGCAGUAAUGGUGAAUAGCCUACAAGUCCCAACACAUUCAUAUUAAAUUACACCAUCUAAUCUGUUUUAUAGGGCAUUUAGAAUAUGUGUCUAAUGCCAUUCCUCACUGCUUUGAUCUUUUGAAGAGAAGUGUAGUCAGUUGAAUUUGAGUAAUUCUACACACUUGUUGAAGGAGCUAGUGUAAUUUCAAGCACAUCCUCUCAUGUUUGAUCUUCUUGUUAUAUUCCUAGGCCUGUGUUUGACCAGCGAUCCUGAGAUCGUUCAGCACAUCGGAAUGCCAAUAUUCAAUACACAUGAGGAGAACUCUACAGUGGAAUUGCACUCCAAGGUGCCCACACAAGAUCUUUCACAAACCCCUAAAGGUAUGUAACAAAUCAGUUAUGAAAUGUACUAUUGAAAAUGGACUCAGAGUGAUAUAUGUCUUGUUAUAAACAAAGCCUACAAUAAACUAAUGUAUCUUAUUUUUCAGGUCUGGAAGGUGAGAACUGCCUGAGGUCUUCAGAUUGCACAGAGGGACUUUGCUGUGCACGGCAUUUUUGGUCCAAGAUCUGCAAGCCAGUGUUGAAAGAAGGUCAGGUCUGCACCAAGCACCAAAGGAAAGGCACACAUGGUUUGGAGAUAUUCCAGCGAUGUGACUGUGGAGACGGUUUGUCCUGCAGAACACAGAGAGGGGAGCACAACAGCAAGGCAUCUCGAAGUCUGCACACUUGCCAAAGACAUUGAAUCAAUAAACUGUCAGCAGCAAUCCAUGGAUUUCCUUAGCCUUUCAGAAAUUCUAAACUAAAGGACUGGUGUGAUUUCUGACAAGCGAAGUGGAGAGGAAGGAGUUUUCUAUUGGGACUGUUUUUGUGUGGUUUUCAGAUUUUGUUCUUCAAAAAUGACAAGAGUAGUUGUGAUUGUUUCUGUAUGGAACUUGAGAUUUAUGAUUAUUACAGUAAAUUACUGUAUUGUACAUAACAUAUAGAUGAUGGCACUUAAUUAUUUUUAGUCACAACUAUUCGAAGAAGGUGCUCUAUUUACGUUUUAUUGUACAUUUAUUAACACUGAUUUAUACGA